CUUGAAGAUGCUGAGCAAAAGCAAAUAUCAGACAAAACUGUCCAGUUAUGGUUAGAUCGGCUGCAGGAAGAGUCUCUUGACAUGGAGGAUGCUCUAGAUGAGUGGAGAACUGUACUUCUGAAUCGGCCAACAGAUGGAGCUGAAAAUGCUUCUUUUCUUAAGAGGAAGGUAUGCCUUUUCCUCCGAUGCUUUUCUUUUCCUCGGGUUUAUAGGUACCAUGGCAUUGCUCGCAACAUAAAAGAAAUUAAUGAGAGGUUAGAUGAGAUUGCUAAAGAUAGAGUAAGGUAUCAGUUAACAGAUAUGCCUAGAGGACUGCCAAAACGAAAAGAAAGCACGAGUUUUAUUGAUGGGUCAAACAUCGUUGGUAGGGAUGAGGUAAAGAAAGAAAUAAUUGGUCAUUUGCUAUGUGGGACUAGCAAAGAAGGAGAGAGCUGUCAAACCAUCUCUAUAGUAGGGUUGGGAGGUAUCGGUAAGACUGCUCUUGCCCAACUAAUCUAUAAUGAUGAAGAAGUUAAACAACAUUUCACUACCAGAAUCUGGGCAUAUGUUUCAGACAUUUCUGAUGAGAGUAAAGUGGCAAAAACGAUCAUUGCAGAACUUGAAGGCCUAGAUAAAUUAGCAGCCCUCCAAAUGGAGUCACUUCCAUUGAAUGCUCUUUUAGAAAGAAUUUGCAAGUCCAUAGAAGGAAAGAAAUACCUUCUUGUCCUGGAUGAUGUAUGGACAGAAAAUUAUGAAGACUUUGGAGGACUGAAUGUCACUUUCAAACGAGGUGCUGUAGGAAGUAGAAUUUUGGUGACUACUCGUAAGGAUAUUGUUUCAAGAGUUAUGGGGAGUUCUCACACUAUUCAUUUAGAAACUCUGGGCCAAGACUUGUGCUGGUCCAUCCUUAAGAAAAUAGCACUAAGAGAAAGGGACCAAAAGACUUGUGAAGAUUUAACACCAGUUGGGUUGAGAAUUGCAGAAAAAUGCAAAGGUCUGCCACUUGUUGCAAAGACUCUGGGAGGUCAUUUACAGUUUAAAACUACUAGAAAAGAAUGGGAGGAUGUCUUGAAUAGUGAGUUAUGGAGGAUGGAUGUGGUACAUGAAGAUGUUUUUGUUCCUCUAUUGUUGAGUUAUUAUGAUCUACCAUCACCAGUAAAACAAUGCUUUAAGUAUUUUGCUUCCUUUAUUAAAGACGGUGUUCAUUUUACUUAUCAAUUGAUUGCAAGAUGGAAGACACUAGGUUACUUAGGCAUUAAUGAUGGUGAUGCUACGUUACAGGAACUGAAAGGCCUUGAAUACUUAAAGUGCUUAGAGGCUCGCUCUUUCCUCCAAAUUGGAGAUUUUAAACCUGUCCAUGGUCAAUAUGCUCAAUACGCUAGCUGUAAGAUGCAUGAUUUGGUACAUGACUUUGCUCUUUUUUUGACAAAGGGUGAAUUUCAGAAAAUGGAGGUCUCAAAAGAUGAUAAAAGCAUGAAGAUGAACUCAGAAAGAACUUGUCGGCAUUUGGCAGUAAAGAUUGCAAGGGGCCACUGUUUUCCUGAAUCUAUUUCUGAUGUAGAAAAAUUGCGAAGUCUCGAUGUUUAUGGUUAUAAUAGUCGGGAUACUGUAAUCAAUGAUGGGGACUUAUGUAAUUUGCUUAAUGAAGCCCAGCGCUUAAGGGUAUUGAGCAUCAGGAAUUACGGUAGUGCCACUAUUCCAGAAGAAAUAGGGAACUUGUUGCAUUUGAGAAGCCUUUGCUUGCAAUAUGAAAGAUUGCCAGAUCAGGUGGAAAAUCUAGUCAACUUGACGGUUCUUUGUACUCCAUUAUGCUCUAGUUUAACUUAUUACCCGAAGGGAGUUAGGAGGUUAACUCGUCUUACACAAUUAGUGGGGCUUAUUGUGAGAGUUGAUUGUAACGAUCCUCAAGAGUUCAGCAUUGGAGAUCUAGUAAACUUGAAACAACUUGCAGUGCUUUCUAUGAAAAUGGUGGGAAACACAAUCAAUGUGGAGGAGUCAAAAAAGGUGAAGCUGCAAAAUUUGCAGGAGGUGAGAAUUCUGGUGACUGAGGCUAUAGCUGGAGCUGAUGAAGACACCAUACUUGAAUCCUUAAACAUGUCCUCUGUCCCAAGGUGCUGCUUUGAUACGGACUUCACCAAUACUACUGUGGCUUCUGAACAACUGGACCAUACAGUAAUGGGAUGCGUCUUUCAAAUGUGUUCCUUUGGUGGUGAUCCAUGAUGAGAAGGUUGUUGGCGAUGAUCAGAUGAUGUGUGUGAAAGAAGAAAGAUGUAGGUGCUCCUUUUUCCCUCUUUGAUACUUCCAUCUUGGUGGACAUUGUGUAGUUUUUUCGUUAAUUAUCUAUAGAUAAUUGUGUUCACUUGUUUAUGCUUGCGAUUAUUUUUUUUUCUUG